UGUGGAUUGUAAUAUAUUAUGGAAGAUUAUGUAAAUUUAUUAUAAAUAUUUAUAUAAAAUUGAAAAUAUGAGUUUUGUAUAAUUAAAUGAUUAGAAAGUAUAACUUAAUAGGUUUGUACAUUAUACACAUUGUUACGGGGACUUGAGAAUGUGAUGAACCCAAAGAUAACUAAGGAUGUAGCGAAAACCCUGUCUGAACUAGUCUCAAUAAGGAACGCAGAGUCUUUUCCAAGGUAUCAGAAGCCCUUUGUAGAUUAUUUAAGACUGAAGUGCGUGGGCGGAGCAGGAGGAAGCCCAGUAGAGAAUCAGAAAAGGUCCAAGAAAUUAAAUGGGCCAGGGUAUGGAGGACAUGGCGGAAGUGUAUAUUUUAAAGCAACACACCUAGUUAAUGAUUUUAUACACAUGGAGAGUGUAAUAAAGGGGAAGAGUGGUGGAGAUGCUCAUGGAACUAGCAGAGGGCUCCAUGCAUCAGAUACAAUAGUAAAUAUACCGUUAGGGUCGAUAUUAAGAAAAAGAGUCAGAAGAGAUGAUAGAACUCGAUGCAUAUUCUGGCACCAGUUUCUAAACCCAGAUGAGACUCUAUUGGUAGCUCGUGGAGGUAGAGGAGGACUAGGUCCGUCGUGUUUUAAGAAACAUGACAAUAGACUAGCUGAAGUGGGAGAAUCAAUAAACCUAGAACUAGAACUGAGACUGUUUAACGACGUUGCAUUCAUUGGACUACCAAAUAGUGGAAAAACUUCACUAAUUAGCUCACUUACAAGUUACAUGACUAGGAUAGGGCCAGAGGAAGGCUCUACAACAAGACCUCACAUCGCAUUAAUAAAGUUUUUGGAUGGAGUUGAUAUACGAGUGAUGGACUUGCCUCCACUGUCUCAGAAUACUGAUAAGGACAUGGUGAAGAAGAUCACAAGGCAUAUUUAUAGGUCAAAAAUAAUAGCUUAUGUUAUAAGUGCAGCUGAAGAUGGAGACCACAUGGAAACUCUAAGGUCUCUAAGGGAAAUAGUCUCCAGUUCAAAGACUUUCGACGAUUCUAAGCUUGAGAUGGUCAUCAUGACCAAGUGUGAUAUGAUACACAGGAAUUCUCUCUUCAAUUUGGACAGUUUGUACUAUAAAUUACUGGAUUCUGACCCUGAAAUUCAGGUGGUUGCCACUUCUGCAACACAUAGACUUGGUCUCGAAAGGUGUGUAAGGACCAUUCGAGACUUGCUAUACCCACAACAUAUAACAUAUACUAAGCGUGAAUUAGUUGAAAGCUAUGAAAUUAAACUUUUAACACCUUAAUGUUUUAAUAUUUUUAAAACACACUAGCC